GAUGGGGUGAGGAGUUCAAAGAAGAAGCAUCACGAAUUUGCUAGCCCAAAACCGGUGUCUGCUGAAUACAGUCCAGUGGGUGGACCGACAUGCUCGUGAUGGGAUCACACCAUAUUUUAUUUACCUGGAAACACCAACAACAUACAAUCAGGUAUUAACCAACAAUGGGAAGCCAGUGCAAUCCGACUAAACCUCGUUUUGAUAUUACCAUGUCAAGGAGAACCAGAAAACCAAUAUUCAACCUUGAUGAUCCAACCAGCUCUGUUGAUCAAGUUGAAGAAGACAAUGAUCAUAAGAGUUUGAAGCAACUGAUAAACAGGGAUGAAACUUCAAAGAAGAAGAAUGCUGAAGAAAGCAAGGGCAGGAAUUCUCUCGGGGAACACUUCACUGAAGAAGAGAAACAGCUUCAAUUGGUGAAAUUGCAGCAACAAAAAGGAGUGAAGCUGAAAGGAAUGGUAAAUCGUUAUGUUAAAGUUUUAAGUCAUUUGAUCAAGGUGAAUCGCGACCCACGUACUAUUGGAUCCACCAAAAAACCUCUUCUUCGGUUAAAGAUAUUCUCAAGUUAUCAGCCAACUAUAAUUAGUGACAUCAACUUAACUUUCUUCUGGCCAAGCCUAAAGCUACACAGCCUGCUUGGAAAAAUAAGGUAAGUCAGAUCCUGAAGCACAUAUUUAAACAAACUCAAAAUUACGAUGUCAAACUCGAAGCACACCAGAAUCCUAUUGUCUAAAGGCAUACAAAAAAAUAACGUUCCAAUU